AUCGUACCAUAUCAACAGGCAGGUACCAACGAGCCUUACGUCGAAAUUAAGCACAUUGAUGCAGCUUUAACUCUCAUAAACUUUCACUUGAGACAUCCUAAUUCGAAUCUUGACAUUUAUUACCAACGGCGAAGUAUGUUGCAAAUUCCAUCUCAUCAUACUAACGAGGCUCGUACCAGCUUACAGCUAUGGGAUGCUUCGGAAGAUCUCAACAAUUAAUAGCAUCUUGCUAUGUGAGACGGUUAAGCAGAUUGAUCCAUGGAACAUCUCGAUUAACCCUGGUGCCGAUCCGUGCUGGUGCAUCUAAGAUUUCUGGUCGAUCAUCGUGCUUACAGCAAAACCAAUUCCCACGUGGCUUUUUCACCUCGCCCAACCAACAGCAGGGAGAGACAGGUUCUAGUAAAAGACCCCCUACUGUCGUGUCUGUGGCCAUUUCAGGUGUUUUAGGCGGCUUGCUUAUAUACUCGCUAUAUCCAGGCGAUGAACUACGGCGAUCCCGCAUUGCCAGACAGACCAAGCAAGGUCUGAAGCGUACAGAAGAUGACCAGCAACUUCAAGCCGAGGAGACCGCCUGGUCGGCCUUUGCCAGCCGUUUUGAGCGUUUCUCCAACGUCACCGAUAUUGAGUGGUCAACGCUGUCUGAUCGACUCGUUGACAUGAUCCUUCCUGAUUGGUCUAAAACUCUUCCUAAUCAAAUCCGCAAACUCCAGCGCGAGCUUUCUACGCAGGACGGCUCACUUGCAAACGAGAUAUGGCGGGAAGCUCACGACCCUUUUAUUCAUCCCGAAAUUCAGUAUUCUGCUAAAGUGCGCGUAUCAGAGGAUCUCUGCGACGAGGAGAAGGAAUUCCUGGCUCGCCGGAAGAAAGUCGCCACGGCAGCUUUGGCUAGGUAUCUUAGCCUCGAUGAGAAGGAUAUCCAUCCUGAUGAUGUUCCCACUAUAGCAGUAUGUGGCUCUGGUGGCGGAUUACGUGCCUUGGUUGCUGGCACAGGCUCGCUCCUUGCUACCCAGGAAGAUGGACUAUUCGAUUGCAUCACGUACACGGCUGGUGUUAGUGGUUCAUGCUGGCUUCAAACUCUAUACAAUUCAUCAGUUACAAACCACCAAUUUGAAGGUAUCGUUGAUCACCUAAAAGCUAGGAUAGGUGUUCAUUUCGCAUACCCACCAGCAGCGUUUUCAUCGGUGACUACCGCGCCAACCAACAAAUUACUCCUCAGUAGUAUGGUCGAGAAGCUCAGAGGGGACCCGAAAGCCGACUUUGGACUCGUCGAUGUUUACGGGAUUUUAUUGGCCGCAAGGCUCCUGGUUCCCAAAGGCGAGCUUGGUAUUAAUGACAAGGAUUUUAAACUUUCCAACCAGAGAGAAUAUAUCAAAUACGGAGAAAACCCAAUGCCAAUAUAUACCGCCGUCCGCCAUGAGAUCCCUGAUAUAGCCAACGAAUUAGCAAAACCCGGCGUCACUAGCCCAGCGCGAGCGGAGGAGGUUGCAAAGAAUGAGGCGUGGUUUCAGUGGUUUGAGUUAACCCCCUACGAAUUUUUCUGCGAAGAGUUCAAUGCCGGGAUUCCGACCUGGGCACUUGGUCGUCGGUUCAACGACGGAGAAGACGUGCCUCCGGAGAGAAAUGGCUUUCAUUUACCAGAGAUUCGUAUGCCCAUCAUGAUGGGCCUCUUCGGAAGCGCCUUCUGUGCAACCCUUAGCCAUUAUUACCGUGAAAUUCGACCUCUUGUAAAGAGCCUCACUGGUUUCGCCGCAAUCGACGAAAUGAUAUAUGGGUACAAUACGGACCUAGAAAAAGUUCAUCCUAUCGACCCGGCUAAAAUCCCCAAUUUUACAUAUAACAUGGAAGGAAAACUACGAUUUACGACACCCACUACGAUAUAUAAUAAUGAGUAUAUUCAGUUGAUGGAUGCUGGAAUGUCAAACAAUUUACCUCUUUACCCUUUAUUUCGAUCGGGUCGAGAUAUUGACAUUAUCGUAGCAUUUGACGCCUCCGCUGACGUCAAGACGGAUAAUUGGCUGUCCGUAGCAGACGGUUAUGCGCGCCAACGCGGCGUUAAGGGGUGGCCAGUGGGUGUUGGUUGGCCCAAGGCAACAGAUUCGGCACAGACAAUCGAGCAACAACUAGAGUCAGCACAAGCCAAAUCGACAGCCGACGCCGAGACGAAAGUACAUCAAGCACAGAAAGGGCAAGGAAAUGACCCGGCUGAAGCCCGCAGCAGACCGCCAAAGCCGACCACAGAGCCGAGCACGAAGGCUAAACAUGAUAUAUCGCACCCUGAAGACUCGGAUCUAGGCUACUGCACGAUCUGGGUCGGCUCAAUCGAGGAGAGGUCGUCAGAGCCGCCCUCGACGCCAAAGGCAAAGGCGCUCACGGACGACACGCUAGCGUGGCAGCUUAAGGAGCCCAACGCCGGCAUGACGAUCGUAUAUCUGCCGUUUCUGGCGAACCCGAAAGUCGAGGGCGUCAACCCGGCCGAAUCCGACUACAUGAGCACAUGGAACUUCGUAUACACCCCCGAGCAAAUCGACAAGGUGGUAGCGCUCGCGCGAGCUAAUUACGAGGAAGGUAAGGACCAGGUCCGCCGUUGCGUGAGGGCCGUGUACGAGCGCAAAAAGAAAAUGCGCGAAGAUCAUGAGGCGGCUGUUAAGAAGGAGUUGUAUAGGCGGUUGGUUAGGUUAGGUAUAGCAGAUAAGUUAGGCGAGGGCGACCAUUUUAGUUGACAUUGCGGUCGUUAAAGGUCCAUUGUUGGAAAUGGACCGCUCUGGAUAAACUCCCUUUGGCAAUACCAUCACUACAUUCCCCUCCCCAGCCAGCUUCUACCUCAUACUAUAUACCUCACCAAUGCUCCAUGUACAUAUAUACACUAGACUACCAAUUAGAUAGACGAGUUAAGGCACAUGAUGACUACUCUAGAAAAGACCAGGGACAAUACACUCAAACAUGGAUCAUG